CUUUCUGACUGUUGAAGCUGAAGUGUGAGGCCCAGACCAAGUCUGGAAGUAUUCUGGAUCUCCUUCGAAAGAAGCACCUCCUGAAGGUGACUUUAAUCAUGUCGUGUGCCUGGUUUGUUAACAGCCUUGUGUACUACGGCCUGAGUCUGAACGUGACUAAUUUUGGUCUGGACAUCUACCUGACACAGCUUGCAUUUGGAGCAGUGGAAAUCCCAGGCCGUUUUGGUUGUAUCUUCAUGCUACAGUGGUUUGGGAGGAAGAAAUCCCAGGGUGGUUUGCUUCUGCUGAGUGGCCUUGUGUGUCUGAUACUCACUGUCAUCCCUGAAGACCAGCCUGUGGUGAUCACCGUCCUGGCCACAAUUGGCAAGUUUACAGCCUCGGCCUCAUUCUCCUCAGCCUACGUCUAUACUGCAGAGCUCUUCCCCACCGUCAUCAGGCAGAGCGGCGUGGGGCUGUGCUCGAUGGUGGCACGGGUGGCAGGGAUCAUCGCCCCGCUGAUCCGCCUCCUGGAGCAGUACCACCGGGCCAUCCCCAUGGCCAUCUAUGGCGGUGCCACCAUGGUGGGGGGGCUGCUCUGCUUCCUGCUGCCUGAGACCCGUGGUGUUGAACUGGCGGAUAGCACAGAGGGUGGCCAGCCCACGGCAGUGGUCCAUGAAAAUACCAGCAGCAGCUCUGAAAAAGGACAUGUGAAAGCAAAAGAUGGUGGCCAUGUCAAUGAGAACACAAAGAACACUUACUUCUAGCUGGGCUACAAGAAGCUGUAAUUAAAGGCCACCUGGUGCUGUGACACUGCUGGGGACAGGCAGGGUCUCCAUUUGUGGUACCUCUCCCAUUGGAGCAGUUGCUGCCAGUUCUUGUCUUUGUCUUUUUGGCCUUCCUCUAUCUCCCUCUAUAGUUUCUCCUUGGGCACUGCAUGCUGUCUCAUGUUCAUCCGCGCUCUCGCUGGAAAAAAUGCUUUUAGUUUAAGGAAAAAAGAAAGAAAUUAGGAGCCAUGAUGGAUGCAGUAUUUCCUUUUUUCCUUUCCUGUCCCGUCUCCAAGAAUGUGAGACUGUAAAGUGAGACACCUGCCGGAGCACUGAAUAGACCAGCAAAGAAAUAGUGCGUUCAGUGAGGGGAAAGGCAGCGCAGAUGCAGCACUGAAAACCAUCUCACACUUGCUAGAGGGAUUUCUCUUGGCUGUCUAGCAUGGUUUUCUCACCCGCUUUUAAAAAUGCUCCUUUAAGUUUUAUUUUUUUUUUUAAGAUUUGGGAUAAUCAGCUGAGGAAAAAGAGAGGAUAUGAUAGAUGAAACAGCAAGCAGUGAGCAAGGACGUCUAAAAGGCAGCAGAGUGCCUUGGUGCUGAUGGCUGUGAAUGAAAGUGUGUAGUGAUGUGUUGCAUUGGGCUGUGGUCGAGGACCACAUUAAUUUAUAUGUUCUAUGAAACUGAGAGUUGUUGUGGCGUUUGAUCUCUUAGGAGUACUGCCAGAUCCCUUCCCUUCCCUUCCCUUCCCUUCCCUUCCCUUCCCUUCCCUU